GGUUGGUUAGUAGUAGUUUGAUAUUUAUCAGUCGCAAGGAGAAGGAUUUAAAACAACCAAUGUAUUUUUCUUCAUCACUUUUUAAAUGGGUACGAAAUCAACGAUAUCAGCCUCUAAGGUUUCCGAUUAUGAGAAUAUUGUUCGAAGUAACAUUGUAGAUGUUGAACUUAUUGGAAAUAGAUGUGAAGCUGUGAAUUCUGUGAAUGCUGAAACACCCAACGAUUUGUCAGAGGAUCAGUUACACCGUCUGCUUGGUAAAUUACAAGAAUCUGAACUUCAAGACAUAGCGGCAUUGGUAAACAAAGAUAGCGUUAGUUAUCCAUUGGAAAAUCCAUGUCUGGUGGCAUUCACACUUGCGGAGGAGAAACGCAUACUGUAUCUGCAAGUCUUACUGAUUAUCGUCGGACGACUCGAUACAGCUCUUUUGAUGACGGAUUUUGCACAGAAGCAUUGCUUGGUUCAUUUGCACCAAGUGGCUAACUGUGUAUUCACUAUUGUUGUUUUCGAUGACAUUUCUGAUGUCGAAAAGCAUGAGCUUCUGACAGUUGUUCGAAGUUGGAUGCCAGAAGCAAAGAUUGUGCUCACGAAAUGGGUGUGUCAAACAUGGUUACAGAAGGUCGGUCUGAUGAAGGCAUGUACACGUUGUUUGCAGCACAUGGGCUCUAUCAAUUCAAUUCUAAAAGAUUACAUACGCCAGAGGGGCAUUUAUAUGCUACACUGGUUGAACGACACACGUGAAAUAAGCGUUGAAAUGUGUGAUGCAGGGUGUGAGAAGUGCUCUACGAUCGACCAUCACCUUCCGGGUAUACUUUACACAGUCCGAGAAGCCCUUAAUGAGUUCAAUACUAUAAAACGUAAUAUCAAAAAGACCAAAGAAGCACAAAUAUCUCAUCGAGUUUUACCUUAUAGUGAUGCCCACGCGAAAGGCAAAAGGACAAUUAACGAUUUCCGUUCUGGUGUUCAAAAGAUUGUUUCUCCUAUUAAUUGUGGGCCUAAAUGUCUAACGUAAUGAUAAGCCAUGAACGGCUGGAUCAUACUGGAAUCGUUAUAAUGACUGUGUUGUUUAAAAGUAAUAUAAUUGGAAAAUUAAUAUUGAAUCUUAUAUUUCACGUGAAGCAUAACCGUAUACAUGAAUGCAGUAAAGAUAUAAUUUUUAAAUAUGAACACAUGCUUAUGAAAUACAGUAAUUCUAAUGUUUUUACAUAAGCAGCAUGAAAAUCUGCCUUUUAUGCACCAGUUGAAAUUCUUAAGAAAAAUUGUUUUAUCUGUGUUAACAUCCUUUCACGGUUAAUUUGGAACUCCACAAACGGAUCACUUGAUCCUGCAACCUGUAUAAUAGUGAUCAUAAUAUUUUACAUCACUUAUGUGAUCGAUGAAGAAUAUUAUAGUACAAUGGAAUCAGAUUCAACAAAACAAACACAAGUGUCAUAACACGCAAGUUCAGUGAUAUUUUUGUGGAAACUCUUUUUUAACGAGCUUCUUCUAUUUAUUUAUGUUUUGUUUUGAUAUAAUAUCCCAUUUCA